GAUUUGCCUAAAUGAAAUCGUUCUCUUCAGCCCUCUCCCAGUAUUGCAGCUUUAAAAAAAAAAAAAAAAUUGGUGGGCUAUUGAUGACAGUUGGCUGCACCUCUGUAUUUCGUGCAGCGGCUGCUUUCCUCGGGGCAGAGCUGUGGCCGUGCGCAGCCCAGGCGUAGCCUGCCACAGGACAGAGCAGACCUUCUGGUGUGCAGAAGAGCCCCUGUCUUCCCUGAAACUUUCUCCGCGAUCUCCGCUUGGGAGCGUGCCUGCGUGUGUCAGCGCAGGAGAGAGAGAGAGAGACCUAGCGCAGAGGAAAGCAAGCGAGGAGGCAAGGGGAGAGAAGGGAACUUGCUUCGUGCACCGCCGAGGACUGUCAGAGGCAGCAUGUACAAGCAGUGCAGUGGCUGCUGUGCGAUUUAAGGGGCAGCAUUCAUUGACUUUAUUCAUUGAAUUCUUGAAAGACAGAUAUGACAUCUUACUGCUGCUUCUGUAUAUUCUUGCUUAUUGGAGCAAAGGUAAUUCGCGAUUCUCUGGAAGAUCACGUUUCUGGGACUGGUGUCACGUGCCCCCUGGGCUACUUUCCGUGUGGCAACAUUACGAAGUGUUUGCCUCAGCUACUUCACUGUAACGGUGAGGAUGACUGUGGGAAUCAGGCUGAUGAAGACAACUGUGGAGACAACAAUGGAUGGUCUCAACAAUUUGAUAAACAUUAUGCAAAAGACAGGUACAAUAAAAUGAAAUCUCCGUAUGCAUUUCAGACCAAGACACCUGAGUGCUUGGCUGAUUCUGUGCCAGCAGAAUGUAUGUGCCAAGGGCUAGAGAUCGUCUGUGAUGGUGCCAAAUUACGUGCGGUCCCUUCCGUCUCUUCAAAUAUAACCAUGAUGUCUCUUCAGUGGAAUCUGCUAAGGAAACUUUCUGCUGAUAUUUUCAAGAAAUACCAAGACCUUCAAAAUCUGUAUCUUCAGAAUAAUAAAAUUAGGGCUGUAUCCGAACAUGCUUUCAGAGGUUUAUACAACUUGACAAAACUAUAUCUGAGUCACAACAAGAUAACCAGUUUGAAGCCUGGUGUUUUUGAAGAUCUCCAUAAUCUAGAAUGGCUGAUAAUUGAAAAUAAUAAGAUCAAUCGGAUCUCUCCGCUAACAUUUUACGGACUCAAAUCACUUAUUCUUCUAGUGAUGAUGAAUAAUUCUCUUGAUCGCUUACCUGAUAAACCUCUGUGCCACUACAUGCCAAGACUAAACUGGUUAGACCUCGAAGGCAACCAUAUCCGUUAUUUAAGAAAUGUCACUUUUAUCUCCUGCAGCACUCUUACUGUACUGGUGAUGAGACGAAAUAAAAUCAUCUCUUUAAAUGAAAACAGCUUUUCUUCUCUCCAGAUGUUAGAUGAAUUAGACCUGGCUAGCAACAAGAUUGAAUCACUUCCUCGGUAUAUAUUUAAGGAUCUAAAGGAGCUUUCACAACUGAACCUUUCUUAUAAUCCAAUCAAGAAAAUACAAAUGGACCAGUUUGAUUUUCUAAUUAAACUCAAAUCCCUCAGCUUAGAGGGCAUUGAAAUUGGAAACAUUCAGAGAAGAAUAUUCAGACCCCUUAGAAACCUUUCCCACAUAUAUUUUAAGAAAUUCCAGUACUGUGGAUAUGCCCCUCACGUACGCAGCUGUAAGCCUAACACUGAUGGGAUUUCAUCCCUUGAGAAUCUUUUAGCUAGCAUUAUACAGAGAGUGUUUGUCUGGGUUGUAUCUGCCAUCACUUGCUUUGGAAAUAUUUUUGUUAUCUGUAUGAGGCCUUACAUCAGGUCGGAAAAUAAGCUCCACGCCAUCUCAAUAAUGUCUCUCUGCUGUGCUGACUGUCUGAUGGGAAUAUAUUUAUUUGUGAUUGGAGCUUUUGAUCUUAAAUAUCGUGGAGAAUACAACAAGCACGCUCAGUUAUGGAUGGACAGCAUUCAUUGUCAGUUGGUGGGAUCGCUGGCUAUUCUUUCUACAGAGGUGUCAGUUUUACUAUUGACUUUCCUGACUUUGGAGAAAUACAUCUGCAUAGUUUAUCCUUUUAGGUGUUUGAAGCCCAGAAAAUGCAGGACAAUUUCCAUUUUGGUUCUUAUCUGGAUAAUUGGGUUUGCUGUUGCUUUUAUUCCACUGAGCAAUAAGGAAUUUUUCAGGAACUACUAUGGCACCAAUGGCGUCUGUUUUCCUCUUCACUCAGAACAAUCAGAAAGUUCAGGAAGUCAGAUUUAUUCUGUUGUCAUUUUUUUAGGUGUAAAUUUGGCAGCUUUUAUCAUCAUUGUGUUUUCCUAUGGAAGUAUGUUCUACAGUGUUCACCAGACAGCUAUUACGGCUACCGAAAUUCGAAAUCAUAUUAAAAAAGAAAUGACCCUUGCUAAACGUUUUUUCUUCAUUGUAUUUACUGAUGCACUAUGCUGGAUACCCAUUUUUAUUUUGAAACUCCUUUCUUUACUUCAAGUAGAAAUACCAGGUACCAUAACUUCUUGGGUGGUGAUUUUUAUACUGCCAAUAAAUAGUGCUUUGAAUCCUCUUCUCUACACUCUGACUACACGACCUUUCAAAGAAAUGAUUCAUCAGGUCUGGUAUAAUUACAGACAAAGAAGAUCCAAAAGAAGAAAAGGCAGUCAGAAAACCUAUGGUCCAUCAUUCAUUUGGGUAGAGAUGUGGCCAAUGCAUGAAAUCUCACCAAAGCUAUCAAAGCCUGUUCUUUGUACAGACUCCCCUGAAGCAUCAGUGACUACACAGUCAACCAGACUAAAUUCAUACACAUAACUACACUUUGAAUCUUCAUAGUGACAUCUGCACUGUUUGCUUCACAUACGUGGAUUUACUGCUUUACAGCAAUGAGGAAAAUAACAAGGGAGGGGACACACUGACUUACCAGAACCAGGAGUCAAAGCAGGAAGAAGAGAGACCAGUGUGCCAAAUUGCAGGUAAAACUGAUAUAAAAAUAUUUUUUCCAUCUUGCAACAGUUCCUGACCUUUUGACAACUCAUCCGUGAUCAGGAUGAAAAUGUGUUUUUUUCUCCCUCCUCCUCUCCAAGAGCAUUUAGUGUGAGAUGGACAAAUAGAGGGCUAUCAGCCCUAUUAGGUGUCGUGACAUAUAAAUUUUAAUCUUGACUUACAUUUUAAUUGUGCACGUAACUAAAUGCAUUAUGGUUAAAAUAAUGUAGGGAGCACAACCAUUCAGCACUUCUUUUUAGUAGUACUGUAGUCCCCAGUGUCACAAGGGUAAAGUCAUUUUACUCUACCUAAAACAAUCAUCUUUGUACACUGAAAAAGGUAUAAGGAUCAGGCAGAGGCAGUUUCUUCACAUAUACUUACUGAAGAGAACAUUUUCCAUUACAAAUUACCAUAACUUCCUUAGUUGUCUUCUAAUACUGCACUCUCAGUCCAAUGGCCUAGAAGCCCAAGAUAAAAGAAAUGCCUCUUUUGCAUUGAUGAUUUUGAAGCUUUUUAAAACAAAGUUAAAAGAUACUUCUAAUGUUUGCACUUAACUUCUUAAAUAUGUAAGAAGUAGAAUUAAAGCUUAGUGUGACUCACACUUUAACUGUUUACAGAAUUUUGGAUUAUCUUGAAAUCAAAAGUUGUUGAGCAUCUUGUUUCCACUACUGUAUGUUUUAUUGAAAUAAAGGAUGAUCUGCUGAUCAAAGUGACUUCUUCUCCAAGUUGUUUAGCAAAAUUUUAGGUUACUGGAAAAAAUAGCCAAGUGAAAUCCUGC